AUCGACCCACACGAUCUUAUGGCCAAUGGGAAAACGGAUGUGGAUGGAUCGUUCACUCUAGAAGGACACACAGCCGAGUUUUUUACAAUUGAUCCAAAAUUGAUUAUUUACUAUAGAUGUAACAAAGAAACAUUCUCCAAAAAAGCGUCGAUUUGGGCGCGUCGGGACUGGAAGAUUCCUAAGUGCUGGAAUGUGCUAACGCUGAGGGUGCCGAGAACACAUGUGUCAAUGGGAAAAAGUGCACACAACACUUACGAAUAUGGUACUCUGGAAAUGCGGUUCUUAAACAGAUACGCUCAGCGAGAUUGCCCACAAUGA